UAUUAGGGUGUUUCCUUUUCUUCAGAUACAAAGCAAUUAUUCUAGAACUGUGGAUGGAUAUGAAAUGAAAGAUACAAAGGAAAGCUCUGUUCUGAAAAACAACACCCAGAAUGAAUAAGUCAUGGUGAUCCCUUACCUCCCUUGACAGUCUAAUUGCUCUAGUGCUGAAAGGUGACACAGAGCUGAGUGAUGUGCAUCGUUCAGGAAGGUUUAAGAGUGGGAUCCACCAGUACCACUGCAUUUAGUUCAUGAGCAAAUGAUGACCUGGCUUCCUUGUAGGAGCAAACCAGACAGACCUGGGAAAAGACAAUGGAAGCUAAUAUCCAGAUGAUGCAAGUUAUCCAGGAAAUGCAGGCAGAGAUCAAUAAACUGGAGAAAGAGAAUCGCGCCCUCCGGGUGAAACUGACUUCAAGUAAUCAAAGACCCUUAGGCUCAGAGGAAGAAUCAGAAGAUGAAAGAGAAGAGGAAGCCACAGAUCUUGGUAACCUAGGAGAAGUCCCUGCACAAUCUUCAGCCACUCUACCUGGUAGUAUUUCCACUGUUUCAGCACCAGCUUCUCGGGAACCCCAAGGCAAUGUUAUGAUCAUAAGACGCUAUUCCAUUUCCUCAUCAGUUAAUUCAUUUGCUGCAAUUGAUCCCUGGAAAACUGGAAAAAGACUUCCAAGUACUGGAAUUCUAAAACCUCAAGGAACAUUUAAAUCACUGGUUAGUUCUUCAGUUAAGAAGCAAGACAAUGAAGAAAAGAUGUUUGCAGCAGAUUCUUGUACCAGCCAUAGUUUCAGCCAAAGAGCUUUACCCAAACAUAUUUUUGGUUGCAGGGACAAGAUAAAGACAGUCAGUUUUCUGUUACCCAUGGACAUAUCUGCAUAUUCCAAAAAUUCAAGUUUUUUGAAAUAUUCACCAAGUCAGACCACUAACAAGCUAAGUACCAUUAUGGAAUAG